GCAGACCCUGAGCAAAUGGAUUGGAGGACGGACUGUGAGGGAUGCAACGAGAGUAACGAGACCUGGUGGAUGAACGGAAGCAACAACAGCAUCGGUGCAUUCCACGAGGCAUGGCACCCUGGAGUGAACCACAGUGAACCAAUGAACUUCACCAACGACACGAUGCAGAUGCCGUGGUCGUUUUCGCUGGAUGCCAACGUCACCGGUGCCAUCCGCAUCCCGGUGCGCGAGUGCCAUGUGCGCGACAUGACUGUCACUUGCACCUUGCCUCCCUUGGCACAGGGCAUGGCCUAUCGAAUCUACUGGUUGGAUCGGGCCCUGCAG